AUGCCCAACCUCAACGAUCUCUCCAUCUCUCUAGUGAUAACUACGCUUCUGCAUAUGGGUCUACCAGACUCCUUUGGGCGCGGCUGUGUCCACUUUCUGAGUCUCUUCGUGGAUGACACACCUCCUCCGGUUCUGUACUUGGCUUACGGGCUCUCGCUCUACUUGUCUGUCUUCCUUGCUUGCCACCUUGGUCGCGUCAAGCUGCUUGGCUAUCCUGACGCUCGACGGAACGCUCGUCGCCGUCGUCCUCACAGAAAAGCUCAGGCUCUCGCCAGACAUCCUAGGCACGCUCCCGGAGCCACUACGGAGGAACGACGCCCAGCUCCCCAGCCUGCCUUCAAUGCUCGAGACAUGAAGCUGCGCAUCAAGACCUGCGCGAGCAGAGGAGAGCAGGCCCGCCGUCUACGCGCUGCCCGCGAGGGUCAGACGAUGCUGCGUUGCCCCGACUAUCGCUACUGGUCGGCCUUCGAUCCUUGUGCUCACAUUCGCCCGGUGUUCACCAUCCCAGAGCAUUUCAAGCCUGCUCCUGAGGAAGUCUCUGCCAAGCCACAUCUCGACGAAGUAUCUACGCAGCCUGUCCCUGAGGCUGGCUCUCCUUCGCCCGAACCAGAGAAAGUCUCUCCUCAGCCUCGUACUAUACCUGUUCCUCGUCACAAGUUCCGCAUUGCUUCUGCUCCCGGCCCGCACCUCCCCAGCCUUAACUCCCCAGUGUAUGCCUUCACCGCCGAGUUCAGACGGGCGCGUCAAUGGGAGGCUGCCAAGGAAAAGCGACGUGCCGAACUUGCGCGGAAGGCUAACAACGAGAACGCAAUUGCCCAGCCGCCUGUCAAGGAAGUUCAGACCUUCAAGGACGUUCAGACCGUCAAGGAAGUCCAGGUCGUCAAGCCGGUUCAAGCUGUUAAGGAAGUCGAGCCUGCACCGAAGCCUCAGGAGGAAACGAACUCUCUUUCUGUCUUGCCCGAGUCGGAGUCAGAGGCUCUCACUGUCGUCCCCGAACCGGAGUCCAUCUCUAUCCUCCCUGAGCCCGUCAAACAAGCUUCUGUGUCCCCGAAGUUCAAAGCGCGGAUCGAGAAGAUCAAGCUGCUCAAGAAGCGUGCGCACGCCGUUCGCGAGCGCCAGACCAAGACACUGUCCCUUCUCGACCCCAAUGUUCGUCGCACCAAGAAGGACGAGGGCUCCCCCGAGCGCAAACGCCGCAGCGCUCUCGGCGCUCGGUUCUUCCUAGACAAAGUGGUUCUCCCCGUGUACGAGCCCAUGGACGUUGACAUGCACGACGCGGAGGACUCUAUGGACGUCGACGUGCCUGACCCGGUCGACGAGCUCUGCGUGCGCUUUGCCAAGCUCUUCUGA